AUGUUCGAUAAUGACAGCAAUAAAUAUAAUAAUAAAGUUAUAAACAUUUAUUUAAUAAAUAAUAACGAUGCAUUAGUUUGGAAUACUGAUGAUAUAUAUCAAAUAAGAAAGAGUUUUAGAUUGGUAGGAUCAUUACUGGGAAGUGUUGAAAAUUUUAAAAAUUUAUCAACUAUUAAUAGUGUACCUUUAUUAUUAUCACCGUGUGAAGUUAGAUUGGGUUUGGAAAAUGGAUGGUUUAGGUUAAUUAAUGAAGCCUGCGAUUACCCAACAGUGUCAACUGAUGAGCUAAAUUCCUUUAAUAAUGCAAGAGAAGAAAUAUAUAAAUUACAAAUCGACCGUUAUUUGGAUACCAAGAUUUUAAAAGAAAAGGAAUUUAGAAUAAAAUAUUCAAGCCAAAAUUUAAAUAAAAAAAAUAAAUCAAAUAAAAAAAAUAUUAAUGAGAGUGAUAUAAAUAGUAAUGAUAAUGGUACUAAUAAUAGUAAUAAUAGUAAUAAUAUAAAAAAUGAUACAAAUAUAAAUAAUGAUAUAGAUAAUAUCAACGCUAACAAUAAUAAUAUAAAUAAUAUAAAUAAUAAAUUGGAAUUAAAUGAAGAGGACUUAAAAAAGAAAUUAGUAGAAAAAGAAAAAAUUUUAAACAAUUUCAAGAGCUUUAAUAAUGAUAUAUUUAUUUAUACAUCAACAGAAGAGGCAAUAGAAAAUGAACCAACAAGUAGGGUUUGGAGAGAUAAAAGAAAUUCAGAAGAUGAGUUAAAAUAUACUGUUUUCAAAGAUCUUUGGAAUCGUGGGUAUUAUAUUUCAGGGGGUAGCAAGUUUGGUGGCACUUUUCUGGUAUAUAAAGGCGAUCCAUUUUUAUAUCACGCUACAUUCAUCGUUGUUUUAAAACACUAUACUCAAGAGUUCAAGGCUUUAGAUCUUUUAACCUCUUCUCGUUUGGCUGUCCAUGUAAAUAAAACUACCUUAUUCGCGUCAAUUGAUAAUAAAUCAAAACAACCUCAUUAUAUUUCAAUAAAUUGGAGAGGUGUAACAUAA